UCAGUAUAAUAGAUCGCCCGAGGUAGCAGUAUGGUCCUCUCCUAAGCAAGUUCCUAGAACAUGUUCUUGUACAUCCUCUUCCUGCUUGGCAUAAGCCAUGCAACUGCGCCACAGCCACAUCCAAUAUACUCGCCUCUACGACCACCCUCAGUACCUCUGGCAGUUCGGUCGCCUUACACCAGCGCCUAGAGCACGACUUAUGGUGGCAGCACACUUAACAAUCGAAACGUUACUUUUUGGAACGGAAGACCUAUAGGAUGGACUGGUAUUGUACGUGUGGAUGGAACGUCUUACGAAUACAUGGGGGACUCGCCUUCCGUCACCGAUCUCCAUAAAGCAAUACCGCUGACCGUAUCUUACGACUCACACUACAGUAAUUUCACUUUUGACGCUGGACCCGUGAGAGUCGAGGCGCGAUUCUUUUCUCCUAUCCUGCCGCAAGAUCUCUGUAAGAGUAGUGUUCCGCUCAGCUAUCUGGAAGUUGCGUACAUCACCACCGAUGGAACUUCACAUGAUGUACAACUUUAUUCAGAUGUGGAUACCAGUUGGCUAGCGGAUGGCAAUUCAACGAUGCGAUGGAGUAUCGACUGUCCCGGCGAGUCUUUCGAUGAUCACGAAUGCCCAACCAAGGGCACAGGAACUCCCGAAACAUUAUACCAUUGGGAAGCAGAGAUCCUGGAUCAGGUUUCAUGGUCUGAACGUGGUCUUAGAAGUGAACCAUACUGGGGCAAGCUACACUACAUUUCUUCUCCUCGCCAUGCCACAGAAUUCAGUUUCGCCAAUGGAUUAGCAGCCACUACACGGAAGCAGUUCGUUCGCGACGGCGCACUGGAUCGUUCCUUUGAUCAGGAUCAGCCUCGACGGCCAGGCGACAGGAUGCCUGUGUUCGCUUAUUCCCAUGCCUUCAUGGCCAGCCAGUCAGGAUCGGUGUUAUACACCGUCGGUACGACCCAAGAGCCUGCUGUGCACUACCGUACCGCCAUCGGGGAUGUCGAGCUUCAGCCAUGGUGGAUGACGAAUAAUUGUUAUUUCACCAUCAACAACAUGAUCAGUAAACACUACCAAGACUACACCGCUUCUGCGAAAGAGGCCAAAGUUUGGACCAUGCAACUUCGCCAUGACGUCGCUACCUACUACGCUAGGGAUAGAGCGAAAGAUGACAGUACAGAAAUAUCUUCUAUGUCGGAAGAGGAGUCCUACUAUGCCAUUCUUACACUUUCCACUCGCCAGAUCUUGGCUGCGAACGUUCUCACAGAAUCUGCAGACAACGCUACGGGAGCAACCAUCUUCCAGAAAGAAAUCUCCUCAGACGGAAAGGUGAACACAGUUGACGUGAUCUAUCCUGCAUUGCCCUUUUGGCUUUACGCAAAUCCUGAGCUUCUUCGCUUGCUGCUCAAGCCCAUCUUCGAGUUCCAGGAGUCUGGACUCUACCAUGAGCAAUAUGCCAUGCAUGAUAUUGGUCGCUUUUAUCCAGAUGCUAUAGGCUAUUUCAGCUCAAGCAUACCGGGCGAGUGGGGCGAAGAAGCCAUGCCUGUUGAAGAGAGCGCCAACAUGAUCAUCCUGGCUUAUUCGUACUUCAUGGCUACUAAUAACACUGAAUAUCUGGCAACGCACUUUGAUAUACUCAAACGAUGGACGGUUUACGUGAUUGAAAAGAGCCUAUAUCCUGAACAUCAGACUACUACAGAUGAUUUUAACGAUCCCAUCGCCAAUAAUACUAACCUCGCGAUAAAAGGUAUCGUGGCCAUAAACUGCAUGGGUGGUAUUGCCUCAGCUCUCGGAGACAUCACACUAGCGACCAGAUAUGUAACCUUAGCAUACGACUACUACGAGCUCUGGGCCGCCUCAUCUAUCGAUACCACCAAUACCCAUACCCUCCUAGCCUAUCAGCUCCCCAAUUCAUACAGCAUUCUCUAUAACAUUUAUCCGGCUCUCUUGUUCAACCUCCGCUCAAUCCCCAAGUCCCUCUUCCUCAUGGAAUCAGCCUUCUACCCCACUGUCGCCCAAGAAUACGGCGUGCCUCUCGAUAAUAGACAUCUGUGGACAAAGAGUGAUUGGGAGAUGUGGGCCGCAGCUACGAGCCUACCCCAGACGAGAGCUUUGUUUGUGAAAUCGCUUGCAAAGUGGAUCAAUGAAACAGUUACAGACAAGGCGCUUACCGAUCAUUACAUGACGACGGGGGAUGGAAACUAUACAGACUAUCCGUUUAUCGCGAGACCAGUUGUUGGAGGGCAUUUUUCGCUACUAGCCAUGGGAAUGUUUGGAAGACAUGGUGUUCCGAGUGAAAGAAACUAUCGAGAGAGGUGAGCACUACUAUCAAUGUGUAGUGGGAUAUAUCGAGCUAUAAUAGGGAUGUGGUUUGUGGGGGCUGAGUGUAAGAAGAUAUUCGAUUACGGUUGUUCCAGCAACCAGGUUAGUGUCCAGAGGGAUUACUUGUUUCUUAGAGCUGUACCCUAGCUAUGCGACACCCUGACGUUUACGCUAUGUCUCACGCCAACUUGAUACAGAAUAUCUGACGGUGUGUAGCUGUAAUGCAUAGUGUCCAUAUAGUACCACUGAUGAAUAGCGGGCUUGUUUGUAUGUC